UCCGGUUAUGUUCCGGUUAGCUUGACGCAGCAAAGAUGUCUCAUGGCAGAGGAUCAGUCAGCCCUGAGACAGUUCUAAAACUCCUCGGGGGGGUCUAGCGACGCAGGAGCCGGAAUAUUUGUUAGCGGAGUCGCUAAAGUCGGACUUUAGCCUGUUCACAUGAAACACAGGAAGUUCAUUUUAGCCGGAAGCUUCUCCUUGUGUUUGUCCGUUGCUACAACUUCGCUACAGUCAAGCCGUUCAGCCGCGACCACACCCUCCCCGCUUCCUCAUACUGUAGCGGGAGCGCGCAGCACGACUUUCAACCUUUGGGAAUAACGGCCACAUCUUCAAGUUAACUCAGCGGCUUUGCGAGCAUAAAAAGUGCCGGAGAGGGCGAGUUGUGAGUUCGGGACGUCCAGCUGGUAUGGAUAUCACUCCCGAGAGCCCACAGAGAAUAUGCGGGGCUACACACACUCCGGUCCCGAGUUAAGCCGCGGAGGAGGAGGUGGAGGACGGACGGACUGACGAUGCAUAUGGAGUCGAAGCGACCCGACCAACUACUAGCUUUUAACACGGGGCUGCGUUUGAAAAAGAAGAGGUUGAAAGUGGAUGGAGGGUUAGUGUCGUUGGACGGUGGCCUUUUUGGUGGAUUCUACUUGGGAGGACUUAUGAAAUGAUGGUGCUGGCGAGAAACACAACUCCUCCAGUGGUCCAGAAGAGCUGCCCGGGUGGUGCCCCGUUUCCAACCAGCAUGAGUCCGUCUCUCAGUGCAGUCAGGCCGGUCAAACUCAGUGGGAACAACUCGGACAAGUCCUCGGUGCUGUUACAGCCUACUUGCCCCCAUGCAAGUAGACACAAAAUCCUAUCGUCUUGAUUAUAGUCUAAAGACCCUAAAAGGCAUCUACUAAAUGUUGAGUUGAUAUAGUCUCGAGUAUAUUAAAAAAAGACCCUUAAAGAAGGCAUCUACUAAAAUAAUAUCGAGGCAGUAUAGCUAUUGAAAGGCGAUUCCAAUUGGGGAUGUGUUACUUCAAAAGAUAAGGAGCUUUUGAUAUUGUUUCCUUUUGUGAUUGUUUGUUUGUUUGAAUUCUCAGUCUGCACUUUGCCUUCUAGAAGGCACCUUGGUGGCACUGCAGUUUGUGUGUGAUUUUAUGUGAUCAAUAAUUCAACAACCUGUGAAUUGUUCUGUUUCACAAACACCUUGGACUACAGUAGAUAGAGUUUUGGUUUAUGUUUUUCAGGGCAUUUAAAUUAAUUUGUAAGCAUAAAGCAAACAGCUUAUUACACUGAUUACUUAGAAAUUGAAGGGAUUUUAAUUGAUUGUGUUUUCAUUGUGAAAUGACAAGUAAUUAAGGAGCAAGUAACUUUGGGAAUAUGCCAGAUCAUAGUGUAGGUCAUUAAUCAUGUUGUUAAACAUCUAAGUGUCAGAAUUUAGCAACACAUCUAUUGAGGAUAUCAAAAAUCAGUCAUAAUUAAAUGCAGUAAUUUGAUUUUGCUCUUACUUGCUGUUUACAUUGAAAAUACAUGUCCUGUGUUUAAACUUAUAAUGUACAGUGGAUUACCUAUACUCUGAAGGAAAUCAAAGAAGACUGUUUGGCCAGUUGAUAUUUAAAAAUUUUGUUUAAAAAAAGCAGAAAAAAACGAGAAACACAGUGUUGUAUUUUCAUACCUUGGAAAUGUCUUAAACAGUACAAUGCAGUGUGCAGCAGCAGAAAACUGUAUAUAACCGGACCCCUCCAGAAGAGCAGUUUGACCCUCCCCCCUUAUUAUGGCUAGUGGUGGCUCUGGCAAGUCAGCUAGUGAGGGAUCAACCAGCAUACCAAGUGGCAGCUUGCAGCAGAGGAAGAGGCUCUCCUCAAUCUGUGACACAUGUAAGAGCAAGAUGCAGCUGGUGGCCGACCUCCUCCUGUUGUCCAGUGAGACCAGGCCAGUCAUGACCUCUGAAGGGGUGGCGGUGGCCGACACUUUCGAUCAGUGUCGGGACACGGUCAUUGCCAGGACUAAAGAGCUCUCCAUCCUCACCCACGACAUCCAGAGCCAGCUCAACAUGGGCCGCUUCACAGAGGCGGGCGACCGCCUGUUGGAGAUGGGGGACCUGGUGGUGUCCUUGACUGAGUGUUCAGCGCACGCCGCCUACCUGGCGGCCAUAGAGACUCCCAAUGCUCAGCCCUGCCUCCCGGGGUUGGUGGACCGCUACAAGGUGACCCGCUGCCGGCAUGAGGUGGAGCAGAGUUGCAGUAUCCUCCGAGUCACGCCCCUGCCGGACCUCACCCCCCAGCUGCUCCUAGAGCUGUCCCAAAACAUCUCCACCAACCUCAAGACUCUUACAGACGCCUCGUCGCUGGCCAGCGAGAGGUCCAGGGACCGCUUUGCGAAAGAACAGUUCAAACUGAGCGUCAAGAGCAUUAGCACGAGUGGCACUGCGUUCCUGGCCUGUGUCAAAGAGGUGAAGACCCAGCCCAGCGAGCUGACCAGGAACCGCUGUGUCCUCUUCAGCGCCGCCCUGGUCCAGGCCGUCAACGCCCUGGUCGGGUUCGCCACGGAGCCUCAGUUCCUGGGAAGAGCUGCGAGUAUCUCCGCUGAGGGGAAGGGGGUACAGACUGCAGUUUUAGGGGGGGCCAUGAGCGUGGUUUCGGCUUGUGUGCUCCUCACUCAGGGCCUCAGGGACGUUGCCCAGCAUCCUGAGAGCAGCUCCAAGAUGGCGGAGUACCGGGAGCGUCUACGUAACUCGGCUUGUGCUGUAUCGGACGGCUGCACUUUGCUCACUCAGGCGCUCAGAGAACGGUCCUCCCCAAGGACUCUGCCGCCAGUCAACUCCCAUUCUGUGAAUUAGUUUAGGAAGAGGUAACACCAGCCUGUCUGACGUGAAUGAUCAUCAGUCCCCUCUCUCCUUACUUUGGCAUACCAAAGAGACUCACUUGGGUUAGCCCUGCUCGUCAGGUUUUGAGAAAAGAGUAACAUCAAAAAGAAGGCUGUCUGUAGGCCUGUUCAUAUGGAUGAAGUGUCUUGAAGCUACAGGGUUUUGUGUCGCGCUGGAUGUGACCAAAACCUUCCUAGAAACUGACCGCCUGUUGACAGCCCUAUCCUUGCCAAUAGACAGCAGCCUUCCAACCUGAAAAGUUUACCUCAGUUUUCAGCUACGGUGAAAACAACAGCCUCGAUGAUGGAUGUAGCCUCGCUGUGUGAACCUAUGGCCGGGUGAUCUGUUGAAGUACAUGUGCUUUGUGAGAUUGGAAAGAGUGUUGUCGCAAUGCUUGUUUUUCAACAUGUGUGAAUUCUUAAAAUGGGUAAAAGCUGCUGUGAGUGUGUGCCAUAGGUUUUACACUAUUUACCAGACUCACCAUAGUAUUUUAAUGUGUUUUGAUCGUGCAUGUAAUGGAGUAUUUAUUUCAACUAUUAAAAAUGUUGUUUCUGA